CUCAGUUUUAAACGCAUCAGAUGUUCAAAGCGUGCAUCAAUGUUAUUUGGUAUGCUGAACACACAAUGGCAGAAGAAAAAAAGUGGACAUACGAGCGGAAGAAAUUAUUAAUAACAACAAGGCUUCACCAUGAAGCAGAAUUUUCCGGCAAAAAAAGAAAGAGAAAUACAAUAUGGGAGUCGAUUUUAAGGGAAAUGAGGGAUGUUGAGAGCUCGUUUACAUUUUCAAGAGAUGAAAUAGCGAGGUGUUUUCUCAACAUAAUGGGGACUUAUAAGCGUAUAAAAAAAGAAACAGUACUUCUGGCAUCAAAUUGGGAAUAUUUUAGUGAAUUCGAUGAAGUGUUUGGGAGUCGUUCUAGUACUGAAGUGCCACUAGAAAUGACCGAGUAUUCUAUAAUUUCAUUGGAAAGUCCUUCCACCACAGCAACAAUUGACGGAAUGGAUGUAACACCUACAACAUCAGUUAAAGAAAGAGAAAUGACUUAAUCGAAUUCUUAGAGAAAGAAUCCGAAAAGGGAAACGAAGCUAUAAAUAAGCUUAUAAAAAUAGAAAGUGAAAGACUUGAAGUUGAAAAAGAAAAACUUAAAGAAUUAAAGCAACUACGGGCUUUAUUUGAAAAC